AGCGGUUUCCAUCUUUCUGUUACCCCAUCACGCGCUUCCAUCUCUCACUAACUAUAUUACACCCCACUCCACCAAAGAAAAAAACCAAACUUUCCUUCUCUCUCUCUAUUAUUAUAAUAGUAUUUUUCAAACCUCUCACUUUACCAAAAUUCCAUGUCCCACCUAAACGGCUCAUACUACGGCCCCGCCAUACCGCCGCCGCGGAAGUCGUACCGCCGCGGCGGAGGCGGCGGCGGGGGCCUGAGCUGCUGCUGCGGGUGCAUCUUCGGCUGCUGCGGGUGCAUCUUCGACUGCAUCCUCGGCAUCAUCUGCAAGAUCCUCACGACAAUCAUCGUCAUCGUGGUAAUCGUGGGACUCCUCUUCUGGCUCAUCGUACGCCCCAACGUGCUGAAGUUCCACGUCACUGACGCCGCACUCAAUCAAUUCUCGUACGCCAACAACACCUUACGGUACGACCUCGCUCUCAACAUCUCGGUCCGCAACCCGAACCGCAGGGUCGGGAUCUACUACGACAGCGUGGAGGCGGUGGCGCUGUACCAGGAUGUCCGGUUCGCGUCCCGAACCUUGGAGCCGUUCUUUCAGCACAGCAAGAACACGACUUUGUUGAGCCCCGUUUUCAAGGGACAGCGCGUGGCGCCACUCUCGGCCGAACAGGGUUCGAAGCUGGAGGAGGAGAAGGGUUCGGGGGUUUACUCGAUCGACGCGAAGCUGUUCAUGACGGUUCGGUUCAAGUUCUGGUGGUUCAAGAUGGGGAGCGUCAAGCCCAAGAUUCGGUGUGACUUGCACGUGCCGCUCAAGUCCAGUAAUGGGACCCAUCACGACGCUGCGUUUCGGGACACGGAGUGCGGCUGGGAUUACAAACGCUGGUGGUGGUUCCAUUAGGUUCUACUUUUGAUUUCUUUUGCUUUUUAAGGGAUUCUUGAUUUUAUCUUGCGUUAUUCUUGAUUUUUUUUUUUUUUUUUAGGUUGUGUAUAUUUUUCUUUAUGGCAUUUCACAUUUGUUCCUUGAUUGGACCAUGACCAUGGUCCUAUUGGAUCGAUAUGUUAUGGAUUUAACUUUUACUAUAUAGUAUUAUUAUUAUACUUUUGAUUUGAUUGCA